CUCGAAUUCCUCGCAGUCUUCAAUUUGUAAGCGAAUCUCGCACAGCAAAGUUGUGUGUUCAGAGAAGAAGCGUGCGUCGUUUAAAGAUUUGUAAUUUUGUGAAGUAAAUUCGUGAGUAAAAAUGAGGGAAAUCGUCCAUAUUCAAGCCGGUCAAUGCGGAAACCAGAUUGGAGCCAAGUUCUGGGAAAUCAUCUCCGAUGAACAUGGUAUUGAUGCAACUGGUGCCUAUCAUGGUGAUAGUGAUUUACAGUUGGAACGCAUCAAUGUCUACUAUAAUGAAGCAUCCGGCGGUAAAUACGUGCCACGUGCCGUAUUGGUUGAUUUAGAACCCGGCACCAUGGAUUCAGUACGUAGCGGACCAUUCGGUCAAAUUUUCCGACCAGACAAUUUCGUAUUCGGACAAUCCGGUGCUGGUAAUAACUGGGCCAAAGGACAUUACACAGAAGGUGCUGAAUUAGUUGAUUCAGUAUUGGAUGUUGUACGAAAAGAAGCAGAAUCAUGCGAUUGUCUGCAAGGAUUCCAACUUACCCACUCAUUGGGUGGUGGUACCGGUUCUGGUAUGGGAACUUUGCUUAUUUCAAAGAUCCGUGAAGAAUACCCAGAUAGGAUAAUGAACACAUAUUCCGUUGUACCAUCGCCAAAAGUAUCAGAUACCGUUGUAGAACCAUACAAUGCCACAUUGUCCGUACAUCAAUUGGUCGAGAACACAGACGAGACGUACUGCAUCGAUAACGAAGCUCUCUACGACAUCUGCUUUAGGACACUGAAACUCACCACUCCAACAUACGGUGACUUGAACCAUUUAGUUUCGCUUACAAUGUCUGGAGUUACCACCUGCCUUCGAUUCCCUGGUCAGUUGAAUGCUGAUCUUAGGAAACUGGCUGUAAACAUGGUUCCAUUCCCGCGUCUUCACUUCUUCAUGCCUGGCUUCGCACCUUUGACCAGCAGAGGAUCACAACAAUACAGAGCCCUCACAGUUCCAGAAUUGACACAACAAAUGUUCGAUGCCAAGAACAUGAUGGCCGCCUGUGAUCCACGCCACGGACGUUACUUGACCGUAGCCGCCAUCUUCCGUGGACGCAUGUCAAUGAAGGAAGUCGACGAACAAAUGUUGAACAUCCAAAACAAGAACAGUUCAUACUUCGUCGAAUGGAUCCCCAACAACGUAAAGACAGCCGUUUGUGAUAUUCCACCAAGAGGUCUUAAGAUGUCAGCCACAUUCAUUGGUAACUCAACUGCCAUUCAAGAAUUGUUCAAACGUAUCUCCGAACAAUUCACCGCUAUGUUCCGUCGUAAGGCUUUCUUGCAUUGGUACACCGGCGAGGGUAUGGAUGAGAUGGAAUUCACCGAAGCCGAGAGCAACAUGAAUGACUUGGUCUCUGAAUAUCAACAAUACCAAGAAGCCACGGCCGACGAAGACGCCGAAUUCGAGGAGGAGCAGGAAGCUGAAGUCGAUGAGAACUAAGAUGAUAAGAAUUCACUCAAAGAAAAUCUCUAAAAUCUUAAGAAUAAAUGUGAAGAAAAUCUAAAACAAAGUGAACUAAUUCAUUUCAAAAUGAUGUCUCUCUUAGAACUCACUGCCAAGCCUCCUUCUUCCUUGUCGAAUCUUGUGUAUAAUGGUCCGUAUGAUUAAUUUAAUCCCCUUGAUCCUGGGUUUUUCUCAGUUGCGUCAUAUCCCCCCGUUUCAUCCCCACUCCACUACUUUUGUACUCCCCGUUCAUUCCUCUUUUUAAGAUCUUUUUUUAAGUUUUUGUGAAAUAAGAUGAAAAGCGAACCUUUUACUACAGAUUUUUUAAUUAUAAUCUUUUUUAUAUGAUAGAAAAAGAUCUUUGAAAGAAAGUCGUUUUUAAAAAAUGUUAAGUAAAGUCUAAACUGGAAUAAAGAGCUUCUUUUGUUAAUUUAUAAAAAACGAAACUUUUUUUUUUCUUAUCAACAAUUGGAGGCCAGAACAUUGGAGUUUUUGGUUUUAAACUUUUUGGAGUGCAUGCUUUCUUUUUCUAUGUGGCGCCAACAUUCCUGAAUGCCGCUUGUGAUUGCCUUCCUCAUGCUCCCGAGACACUUUCCAUCCCGCAACACAUUUGAACACCUGAUUACGCCUACGUCUGGGUAGGCAAGACAUUCUAUCGUGCAUUAGAGCGACUCGUAAUUUAGUCGAGAAUAUAAUAAAUAGUCUAUCCGUCAAGAAACUUUCGGUUCUUUUCAAAUGUGGUUAAUUCGGCUUUUAAAGCAAUUAGACCGGUUGGCCAUGUAGUAAAUUGGCUUUAGAAAUCAGGGACGUUGAAGAGCGUUGUCCAGCCUCAAUUGCAAAGUGAGGAGAGCGUCCAUAAGACUGCAACCAGCACGUUGGAGUAUACUUUGAUUAAAUUAGAAGCUUAUCAGUCAUUCAUUCCACCAUAUCAUAUACCAUCGAAGGACCCUCCAAAGUAUCAGCAUCACGCCUUGGCCACCAAUGACUAGAAAAAGAACGCAUGCCCGUCUUGAACUAACUUUGUAUGCCUCCCUCAGAACUCCCUGAACUGCGUAACUCGAAAAAAGCGUCCUAAACGCACAUUGGCUCCGCAAUUGUUGCUCUCUCAUUCAUUGUGCAUUUAAUGAAAUUAAGACGAUGUAACAAUUGGUUAUUCUCUUGCAUUUAGCAUAAAGUUCACGUACGAGAAAAUUGCCUUAAUUUCAGUUCUUGUAUAAUUUCACUACUAAUUUGUUCAAUUAGAGUAAAGAAAAGAAGAAAUCUCGAUGGUAGCUCGGCUGCAACCACAGCAAGGCAGCAUUUUUGUGCGAGCACAUAGCGAAGAAAAAUAAUUUAUGUAACGAAUCCAUUCUCCUCACCUCCGGCACUUUGGCCGCGAGCGAUGGGGAGAUGGAAUAAUAAGUUGUGUGACGAACAUCCGUCAGAAUAACGUGAAAAUGUUAAACAUACAUAAAUAUACAAACACGAAAGAAAAAGAAAAUACAACUUAGAA